UCUUCUCUUAUAUAUAUAUAAUGGACAGCAAUUUACGUCUCCGUCGCUGUCCUCUCUUCUUCCGUCUCUCUAUCAAUUCUCUGCAAUGGCUAAUGUAUAUGAUCAUGCUUUGGAUGAUCCAAUAGAGGACCUGGAAUGUCAACUCUGUAUCCCACAGGAUCCAAUAGAGGACCUGGAAUGGUUUCCUAGUUUCUCCACUGAUCUAAUCUCUUUAAGUGAUUUGUGUUUCACCCUGGAACAUGAACCCCUGUCCCUUUUUGAUGAUUUUAGAGCCUACACCGAAUCACCAGCUGAUUUUCCUGUUACCCCGGAGCAAACGAUUGAGAAAGUAGAAGAAAACAAGAGUACUACAAUAAUAGCUAAUAAGAAGCGACUACGUAGCCUGGAACCCUUUACUUUUACUGGUUUUACGCACAAGAAACAACGUAGCAACCGUGUGUUGAAACAGAGAAAACGAGAUGCGUGGGAUUUUGAAUCGGAGAAGGCGUCAUCAGCGAUGGGUGAUGAUUUGUUUCGGAAAGUCGAGAGAAGGUGCAGUCAUUGUGAAACUGAUAAAACACCGCAGUGGAGGCUCGGACCGUCAGGGCCAAAAACGCUGUGUAAUGCUUGUGGUGUAAGGUACAAAUCGGGAAGGCUGUUGCCGGAGUAUCGGCCGGUUUCAAGCCCCACAUUUAAUAGUGAGAAUCACUCAAAUUUUCACAAGAAAAUAUUGAAAAGAAAAAAGAUGACAGGGUUGGAUGAAAGCAAUGAUUAAAUAGGGUUUUGGCCCGCUAGACAAAUUAAGCAAAGAGGGGAAUCACUUGUUGGGCACACUAAAAGAGAGAAGGAGAUGCCAGAUAAAAAAAUAUGAUAUUUAAUCAUACUUGGAAACAUGUGUAUAGAUCAGGAGAUAUGUAACUUUCAUAUUAAAGUUAUGU